AUGCGAGCGUCCGUGUUACUGGCGCUGUUGGCUCUGCUCGCGGCGCCGCGCGGCUCCAACAGCCAAAAUUUAAUCACGCAAGUGCUUGGCAAGGUGUGGGACGUGGUGUUCCGCAGCUUCGCCGAAGCCUCAGGAUACAAGGUCACCGCACUGCCGCCCAAAAAGAAGGCGGAGGAGAAAAGCGCUGCUCCGGUGGUGCACCACAAGAGCUUCCAAAGCAGCACAACCGAGCGAAUACAAAUUCACACGGAGACCUUCACUUCCUCCUCCGACGAAACCUCCGCGCCUCAACCUCCCUUCAGCUUUUACUCCAGCGAGGAACCGAGCUUCCCUUGGCCCAAGAAAGACGAAGACGACGAAGGAAUCGCCGAAGAGUCUAGCAAAAGAAUUAAAAAGCCCGUGAAAAUUUCCAAGCGAAUCAAAAGCCAGCGAAGUGGCUUGGAAGAAAAAGUCUCCUUCCGUCACGUGGACACGCAAACACCCGGAGGAGCCCCAAAAGAACCUCUGGUGAUCAAACUUUUGUCGGCGACGCCAACCAAAGACCCUUCGCUGGACGAUUCGUGGCCCUCGGUUUGGCGAGGAGCCCAUUGACGAAAAUCCAGAGGUGUG